GAUACGGUUUCCUGCAUGACCCGUUUAAAAGCGGCCCAUCCUCUCCGCUGCUGUCUCGCUCCACCUCCGUCCACUAGAGCGAUGAGGAACCCACAACCGUCCGUCCUUCUCUCAUUUCUCGGUCUGUUGCUGGUCUGGUCUGAUGUACAUACUACAGGUGUCCUCUCAUCCACACAGCCAGCCCCAACCAGCCCCCCCUGUCAGGCAGCAACAACAACAGUCCAGGAACAGUCCCGUCCUCGCAUGGAGAAGGUGAUGAUCCAGAAGUGUGACUCCAGUCUGGAGAGCUACUGUCUCAAUGGAGAAUGUCUCCUACUGCUGGACAUCAACGAACACCACUGCAAGUGUGAGAUGGGUUACUACGGGCCCAGGUGUGCUCACCUGGAGAUGGUGUUUCAGCCAAUGAGAGAAGAACAUGUUAUCCUGACGGCGGUAUGUGGGGGCCUUCUGAUUAUAGGCAUCGCUGGAGCGCUCUACUUCUUCUGCCGAUGGUACAAGAGGAAUAGAUGUCCACCGCAACAGAAACAGCAGAUGUACCAGGAGGUGCAGAUGGCAUGAUGUGUGUGUUUGACAGCAGCCAUUAUUAUGUUACAUAACAUGCUGUAUCUCUGUUACCACGGUUACGUUUAUUAGGGCACGCAACAGAAAACAUUUAAAAAAACAUUUUGUAACGGAAAAUGUUUCACUCAGUUUUCUUCCGUGUUGUGCCUCUACCGAACACAACUCAGCAUUUCUACAGUGUGCGUCUCAAACUGAAAACGUACUUUUGUCAGGAGUGAGUUUUUCAUGGCUGUAAAGAUGAUUUCUGUUCCUUUGUGUUAGAAUGGCUUACUAUCCUGUUCAGUUUGGCAUCCUGUCUGAUCCAGUUUUUGGCCAGAUUGAACUUAAAUUUUUAUAUGCAGUAUUCUAAAUUAUACUUUUGUUUUUUUCUUAUUUAUGAAAUUUCUAAUAAAACGUGUCCUCACUUUC